GUCACUAUUUUGAUUUUAACACAUGGCGCGAAAUGCAAAUCUUACGAACACAAUAUUUCCUGUCCGAAAUGGCGGCGCCCUUGGUCAGAAAUAUUCGUGCAUUUGGAAUUUUUGGAAACAAAAUCGCACAGAUACGACAACAAAAGUUGUUAUUUCUGGCCAGUAGGGCAGCAAGCGGUAGCAAAUGGAAAGGCACAGAAGUAGACCAGGAUCCGUUUCAUUACCAUGACAACACCGUCCCAUAUUUCCCAGAAGAGUCAGCAAAAAAGAGUCUUGAGGCCGAGUACCCAGACGUAGAAAUCUCAACGGAGGAUUGGCACUAUGUGGAGCGUGUUCUUCCCCCCAAGACUGUGCCUGAACCACCCCAACAUGAGAGCUACCCUACAGCCUCAGGAUGGUUGCCUCCUAACACAAGCUUGCAGCCGAAGGAGUAUGGUAUAGUGCGGACCCGUAACCACAUGUUACCACUGUAUUACCGGAAACACUUCCAUGGCAAGGAGACUACCCGGAUUCUACACAUUGUUGGCGACAUUUGGAAAUUUAAAAAAGAUGUACACGACUAUCUCACCAAGGAGAAGGGGGUAAGGUCAGUCGACAUACAGGUUCAUGAGGUGGGCAGGUUCCUGCGUUUCCGUGGUAACCAUCUCGAGAAUGUGGCAGAGUUUCUACUGCAGAAAGGAUUCUGAAGAAUUCAGUGCAUUCAUUGUUAAAAUAAUCUGGUUUUUGUGUGUAAAUGUGUGGUUGGUGAAAUAUACUGUUAUUUACAAAUAAAAGGUUAUGAAAAGAAUAUUGAGUAAAGAAAGUGACACAUUCUUGUUGAAACUGCAGAAUUCAAAAGAUUCUUGUUCGUCUUUUUUAAAGCAAUACAUUUUGUGACACACAUUAAUUGUUUUAUCUGCUGAUGAAUGAAUCUGCAAACUAAUUGUUUAUUAAGACAUGUGAAUUACAUUAUAUUUUUCAGCACAGUCAUUGAUUUUGCAUCUACAUAUUAAUUAAUAUGUAUAUAUCACUGACCUUUAAUUUAGCAAAGUUAUGCCCAUUUUUUUUUAAUUCAGGUUUACAAUUUUAUGCUAGUACUCCUUAUCUUUAUAAAUGCCAUAUGUCGAAAUAAAACUUAAAAUUUG